CAAACUCCUUCAGCGAAGCUUCCAUGGCGGACUACCUGACUCCGCGCCCCACGGCCCCCAUCUCAUAGAACUCUCGCAGCGCCCAUAGUCCGAUUCAAGCUCAUUCCUCCACCUCAUGGCCCUUCCUCUUCUUCUUCUUCUUCUUCUUCUCAGACGGGUCCUGUUACUCUCUCUCUUACUUUUUGCCCCAAUUCUCCAUUCCAAAGCUGCCUUGGGAACGGUCACCGAAGAAAAUUUCUCGGAGGAGAUGCUUCUGAAGCCAUUGCCGGGUCGCAAGGUGCUGGCCCACUUCAACUUCCGAAGCAGGGCCUCACAUACCAACUCCAGUGGCCGGCCCCACCGUCUCUUCCCCAAAGCCAUAUCUCAGCUGGUUCAGAAGUUUCACGUUAAGGAAAUGGAAUUUUCUUUCACACAAGGUCACUGGAACUAUGAUCGCUGGGGUGGGUUUGAUCGCAUAUCAAGCAACAAUGCAAAGCCUCCUGGAGUUGAGUUGUGGGCUGUCUUUGAUGUCACUCUUGAACAGGUGGAUGAUUCUUGGAAGAAUUUAAUCCAUGCUCUUUCGGGUCUCUUUUGUGCUUCAAUCAACUUCCUAGAUUCGUCUACAUCAUAUUCUGCUCCUGAAUGGGGAUAUCGCCCAGCGCCAGGAAGUCUGAGGGUAUUAAAAGAACUUAAUGGAUUUGAACAGAAGAACCCAUCUGUUCUAUAUGAAUUUUCUAUGGAGAAGUACAGCGAGUCUAGGCCAUUUGAUUUAGGCCUAAGUUGGAAGCUUUUUGUAGUUUGGUCCUGUCAGAAAGCACCAUUACAUGCUAGUCGGUUCUUGAUGGGAAGUGGGAAUGGAAGGGGUGCUUUUGCAAUAUCGUUGAGAUCUACGGAGGUGAGUGAUGAGUUGUUGCAUACUGAUAUAAGUGAAGGCAAGUGCAAAUUGGAAGUCAAAGUUUUUCAGGUUGUGCCUUGGUAUAUUAAGGUUUAUUUUCAUACAUUGCGAGUGUAUGUUAAUGAACAACCUCAAGAAGUUUCAGUCAUUGUUGAAAAGAUGCUUGUUUCACCUUCUGUAAACAAGAUGUCACCUGGGGUGAUGGAGAUGGUCCUGAAAUUCCCUUGUGGAAUGAAAUCAGCUACUAUAACCUUAGAAUUUGAUAAGGGGUUUUUGCAUAUUGAUGAAUAUCCUCCAGAUGCCAAUCAAGGAUUUGAUAUUCCAUCAGCCAUAAUAAGCUUUCCUAAUUUCCAUACAAGCAUGCAGUUUUUUAAGGAUAAAUCUGUGAAGAAGUCCUCCCUCUUAUCCAAAUUCCUGGAAAACAGCGAUGUUUUGACAUACACAGAAGUAUUACUUGUACUGUUGGCAACUCCCGAUUUUAGCAUGCCUUGUCAAGUUAUGGUGAUUACAGUCAAUGUAUGUCUAAAGUAUUUUAGUUAUUUGCUCGAAAUAGUUAGAAGGCGUGCUGGCGAGGAGGAAAAUUUUCAAGGAACAGCAUUUAGAUUGACUGUUUUUAGCAUAUUGAUAGCAAUUUAUAGGUUUUACAACAGGGCAUAUAUAUUAAAUUUAGAACACAUCAUGAGUUGCAGAUGUUGAGACAGUGUCGAUUAUUUUUUGCACAAUUGGCUGAGUUAAUUUAUUCUCAGAAGUUAGUCUGUUUUUCUUUGGAUUUCAUCGUGCAGUGUUCUUAUAGGAUGGAAUAAGGUUAGCAACAUAGUUUCCCUGUCAGUGGUAGUAAGCUUGUAGUUCUGUUGGGGCACCAUACGCCUUCUAGGACUGAAGUAUUCCUCUUUUGCUUGUUACUUUUUCAUUUACACCUACUGCAGUUAACUGUUUCAUUUUUUUAUUAUAAAAAUAAAUAGAGAUACUAUAGAAUUGCAUGUGUACCACAUCAUGUAUGGUUGAAGUCAGCUAAUUGCCACUAUAUACUAGAAUGAACAUGUAAUUUGCCUUAUGUUUUUACUGUGUCAACUUUAUUACUCUAGUUGGUCGACCAAGCACAUCAGAUUUUAUAAUGGACCUGCAACUUAUUUGAAGAUCUAUAGCCACCACUCUAUAUAUAUGUGCGUGUGUGCGUGUGUAUGUGUGUGCAGCUAACUUCGGGUAAUGAAGCUCGUGAUGAGCUUUGAGUUCUUGGGUAAAGUAAAAGGAGAGCCAAUCACAUUGCAGACAAAUGCUUUUGAAAAUGAUAAGGAUCAUUUGGUUUGACGCCAAUGCAGAUUAUCAAGACUACAACAAUCUUCGGAACCAUCAUCAAAUUGUAUUUUAUGUGGACAACAUCCCAAUUAGAGUUGCGUACCCAUCUGAACCAAUAAAAAUAUAAGCAAGCUUAUGGUGGCCUUGAGAGGGAUUGGACUUUUGCACCAUUUAGAGCUCACCACCAAGGAUUUGACAUAAUUGGCUGCAUACCACGGAGCUCCAUGAAAGAAUGUUA